UCAUGAGGCACCUACUGUGUGCCUUCCCGGAGGGGGAACUGAGGCACGCAGUAAGUGACGAGGGCGCAUGAGAUGCGGGUGGCCCUCCAGGGUGCCCCGGGCCCAGCCUCUGCCUGCCCGACCCGGCCUUUGCGCCCGCUGUUGCACGCAGAGAUGGCUGCAUACCCCCCGCCCGCGGGCGCCCACCACCCCGUGUCCCCGCAGGCAGGCCGAGGCCCAGGAUGAGGCGCUGGAAGGCGGCGGCCCUGGUGUCGCUCGUCUGCAGCUCCCUGCUGUCGGUCUGGAUGUGCCAGGAGGGUCUGCUGCUGGGCCACCGCCUGGGACCCGCGCUCGCCCCGCUGCGACGCCCGCCACGCACCCUGGACGCGCGCAUCGCCCGCCUGGCGCAGUACCGAGCUCUGCUGCAGGGCGCCCCCGACGCCGUGGAGCUUCGAGAACUCUCCCCCUGGGCCGCGCGCGCCCCAGGCCUGCGCCGUCGAGCGGGUCCCCGCCGUCGGCGUGCGCGCGCGCGCUCGGGCGCGCGGCCGUGCGGGCUGCGCGAGCUGGAGGUGCGCGUGAGCGAGCUGGGCCUGGGCUACACGUCGGACGAGACGGUGCUGUUCCGCUACUGCGCAGGCGCCUGCGAGGCGGCCGUGCGCAUCUACGACCUGGGCCUGCGGCGCCUGCGCCAGCGGAGGCGCGUGCGCAAAGAGCGGGUGCGCGCGCACCCGUGCUGCCGCCCGACGGCCUACGAGGACGAGGUCUCCUUCCUGGACGUGCACAGCCGCUACCACACGCUGCAGGAGCUGUCGGCGCGGGAGUGCGCCUGCGUGUGACGCUACCUCACGCCCCGCCCCCGCGCGCCUGCGCAGCGGCGUGCCCACGGCCCUCGAGGACCGAUUCACAUAAAGUGUGGGAAC